CGGUAUUUCACAUUGCGCACGUUGUUGUCAUAGUAUGAUAAUAAUUAAACAAAAGAAAAAUGCGCAAUCUGAAGUUACAAUAUUGUAAGGAGCAGACAACUGGCAUUCCAGGUGGCAAGCAACUCUUGCUCCAGCCGGAUAUCGAACGAAGUGGCCAUGAAAUCACGUAUAUAGUUACUGACAGUGAAAUAUUUGCCGUUGGUAACGAUGUCAGUAAUGUUCAACCGCCCAAACUUGUUGCCGAACUGCCAAACAUAGUUGGCGCAGAGUACUUACAGCUGGAUAAUGCAAUAUGCGUAGCCACGGGUGCCGGCGAGGUGCUGAUCAUCAAUCCUGAUUCUUUGUCUCAGAGUGAGGGAACUUACUGUGAUGUGGGAAUUGAGUGUAUGGCCUGGUCACCCAACCAGGAGGUAGUGGUCUUUACAACUAAGACAAAGAAUGUGGUGGUAAUGACUUGUACAUAUGACGUGCUGGGUGAACAGCCGCUAGAUACGGGGCUCGCUGACGAUCAGCAGUUCGUGAACGUGGGCUGGGGCAAAAAGGAGACACAGUUCCAUGGCUCGGCUGGCAAACAAGCGGCCAAGCAGUCAGCUGAGUUCGUAGCUCCAUUAGAUGUACAGAAGCUGCCACAGGAUGUACAGGUUGCUUGGCGAGGUGAUGGCGCCUAUUUUGCCGUCUCCUAUGUGGCAGCCAACGUGGGUCGUACCUUUAGUGUCUACGACUGUGAAGGCAAGCUUCAGUACACGGCAGAGAAAUGGAAUGGCUUGCAAACGCCGAUUGCGUGGAGGCCGAGCGGCAAUUGGAUUGCCCAGCCACAAAUCAUGUCCAACAAAUCGACUGUGGCGCUAUUCGAAAAGAAUGGAUUGCGUCAUCGUGAAUUUGAGUUGCCCUUCGAUUUGCAUGUGGAGCCUAUCAUGCAGUUAAGUUGGAGCAACGAUUCAGACAUCCUUGCGCUGCACACUGUGACGGCAGACUCGCAGAGUAUUUAUCUCUACACGAUUGGAAACUAUCAUUGGUAUCUUAAGCAAGUACUGGUCUUUAAGGAGCAACAGGAUCCACUUUCUCUAUUCUAUUGGGACAAUCGCCUUGGUGCAGAGCACAUGCUGCACGUUCUGCUUGCGAGUGGAAAACGUUAUACUCAUCGCUUUCGGUAUGGCAUCGAUUGCCAGCCAAGCACAGAUAUUGUUUAUGUUAUCGAUGGCAAGCGUCUGCUAUUGACCAGAUUCUCGGCAGCUGUGAUACCGCCACCCAUGUCCUGGCGUGUCGUCGAAAUGCAUAGCUACAUAAAUGCCGUGAGCAUAUCCGAAAAUGACAUCUAUAUUUAUACAAGCGAUCAUAAAAUACACUCAUAUCUACCAAAAGAUGAUAGCAUGCGAUUUAGUUGUCAGCUCUCUCCGGACUUAGCGCAAAUCCAAUUGGCCAAUUUAAGCUGUUUUGCCAAUGAAUUUUUGCUGGCCACAAAUAGUGUGGGUAACCGGACACACAUCCUUAUGCUCCUCAAGGAAAAGGUGAAAACAUCCUUAAGCAUUGCUGGCACAGUCAAUGCGCUAACAGUGCCUAAUGGCUGCAAGGAUCGUUUCUAUAUCCAGACCCUCAACAAUAAUCACAUUUACGAGCUGAUCUUGACACCGAAUAGUGAGCUGAAGGUAUUGCGCAGCUAUUUGCAGCUAUCACAUUCAGUAAAUCACAUGAUAUUUUACACAACUCCUUCUACGCCAGGUGGUGAACUGAUAACGCUGCACUCGGAGCAGCUGCUACAGGUUGACGGCAAAACGAUUGAUGAGGAUGUCACUUCAUUCUGCGUCGUCGACAACUAUUUGAUAUAUACCCAGCUGAAUACAUUGCAUUUUGUACGACUGAGUGAUAAAUCCGGCGUAGCUAUACGCAGCAUUGAGCGCGGCGCUAAGCUGGUGACAUCGGCGAGCGGCGCCCGACUAGUGAUGCAGUUGCCACGCGGCAAUCUGGAGGUGAUAUGCCCACGUGUUCUAGCUCUUGACCUGAUCGGGAACUCGCUGAAUUGCGGUGAUUAUUAUCGGCCAAUGUGUAUGCUGCGCAAACAUCGCAUCAAUAUGAAUAUCAUCUGCGAUCACAAUAUGUCAAAAUUUGUGGAGAAUAUAAAUGAUUUUCUCGACCAGAUCGAGGACAGCCAAUGGAUAUGUCUAUUUAUCAACGAGCUGCAGAAUGAGGACUAUACGCUGGGCAUGUAUGCAAGUAACUAUGGCUCUGUAAAGCAAAGCUAUCCGCCCGAUUACACAGUCGACCAGAAGGUAUCCACGAUAUGUGCGCUGUUGAUCAAAGAAAUGACCAACACUGACGAUCCAAAGCAGAAGGCACGCUUUCGUCUGCCCAUUAUAACGGCUUAUGUUAAGUCCAAUCAAUUGCCAAAGGCUCUGGAAUACAUUUGGGAGCAUAAGCAAACGGAUGCCCAGUUGGGUGAGCAACUGCUCAAGUAUCUGCUUUAUCUGGUGGAUGUGAAUGAAUUAUACAAUGUUGCCCUGGGCACAUAUAAUUUUGGCACUGUCCUCUUUGUUGCCCAGCAGUCGCAAAUGGACCCCAAGGAGUUUCUGCCCUAUCUCAAUGAGCUGAAGUCGUUGCAGCCGGAUUAUCGCAAGUUCAAGAUCGAUGAGCAUCUGAAGCGCUUCGACCUGGCUCUCAAUCAUUUGGCUGCCUGCGGUGCAGAACAUUACGAACUGGCCUUAACCUUUAUCAAACAGCACAAUCUUUACAGUCAAGCCUUGAUCGCUUAUCAGUCGCAAACGGAUUUCCAUCGUCGCAUUUGUGUGGCUUAUGGGGAUCAUUUGCGUGCCAAUGCCCAGCUAGAGGCGGCCAGUCUUUUGUAUGAACGUGGCGGGCAGCUUCAGCAGGCACUGCUCAGCGCUCGCCACACGCUCGACUGGCAGCGUGUGCUGCUGCUAGCUCAGCGUGCAGGUGAACCGCUAGCUCCGGUGGCAAUCUCGCUAGUGGGACCGCUACAACAACAAGGUCGUCAUUUGGAUGCGUAUGAGCUGCUCAAGAGAUUUGACGCACCGGACAGUGAAGCGCCACUGGAGCUGCUACUGAAAGGUCAUCUCUAUGGGCGUGCCAUUUAUGAGGCCGGACUGCUGGAUGUGGACGGCACAGCUGAGCUAUUGGCUAAGCGCGUGAAGCCCUCGCUCAUUGAAUAUGUUGCACAAUUGGAGGCUUCACUGGGCGCAGAUCGACUGCUAUUCUUGGAGUACAAACAGCGUCUACUGGAUAUACGCAAACGCCAGGCGACGGCAUCAGCAGCCGCCAAUGGCGCCGGAGACCACGAGUUAGAUAUUGAUGAGGUGGAUCUGCUGUCUGACACCAGUAGCAUCCAGUCGUCUCGGCAUAGUGGCAGUUCGCGGGGCACAGGUAAAACAUUUCGCUCGAGCAAAAAUCGACGCAAACACGAACGCAAGUUGCUUAGCUUGAAGCCGGGCAACCCCUUCGAAGACAUCGCGCUCAUCGAUGCGCUGCACAACCUAGUCACGAAGCUCGGCCAACAACAACAGCAACUUCUUGUGCGUGACACAUGCAAAGCCCUCCUCCAGCUGCACACAGAGGAUGAGCGGGCAGCGCAGCUGCAGCGCCUAUACGAAAGUAUCUUGCUGGAGCUGCAGCCUGCUGCGCUGGAUGAGAUCUGGGUGCCCGAGCUACUGGGCGGCACUGUGCAACAUCUGACUGGACCCAAUGUUGAUUAUCUGGCACUGCAGAAGGAACAGCGCUAUGCUCUAAUAGCUCCCUUGAAGCGAUACAAACCGCUGUUGAGCAUUAUAGAUUGGAAGCAUGGCAUAUUGCAUUAGUUCUACUCAUAAUCGUGAUCACUCUAUGGCUAUUUUAAAUAUAUUUUCACUUUUAAUGGGAUAAAUAUAAAAAACUUUCACUGUGGUUGC